GUUUCGUCAGCAGCGUGCGCGCGAAAGGUCGCAGAAGUCGAGAAGUGCGAGAAAAGCCAGUUGGCCCGAGUCCUACGCCGAAUUUUGAGAAAAUUAAGAACCCCACCUUUAGCCCCCACCCGAAGAGAACCACCGAAACAAGGCCAAGAUGUCGCACUCCGUCACCAUUACCCGCACCACCACGAGCACCACCAACACCUCCUACAUCGUCCUCAACACGGGCUAUCUGAAGACCUUCCCCGGAAUUCUCAAGCUCUUCGAGCUGAUCAUCGGUGCCGCCAUUGUGGGCAUUCUGGCGUACAACUUCCAGCAGUACCGCUUAUAUUACCACGGCCAGCAGGACCUUUUCCAUUAUCUCAUGGGCGUCACCUUUAUGAUAGGGACGUUCUGCUUACUCCUCGCCUGUCUCACGUCGCUGAGCACGGGAGGCAUUAUUGCCAAGACGAUCUAUGAGCUGAUCUACCACAGCGUGGCCGCCAUCCUGAUCCUGGCCUCGUCCACCUUCCUGCUGAUCAGGUUACGCGAUGUGAAGCACGACGCCUACAUGGUGGCCGGCGUUUUGGGCCUGGUCAAUGCGGUGCUCUACUUCAUCAGCGCCUUCUUGGCCCACCGAUCCUACCGCGGCAUUUAAGCACCCACCCACCCAAGCCACCACCGCCCACUCGCCAAAUCUGCCCGCCCGCGGCGAGUGUUCAAGUGGAAUCCGCAAUCUCGAAGCAUUUGUUCUUCCCACAUCUAACCAUCGACCCCGCGAGGAGGAGGAGGCGCGAGCCCAGGGAUAGAUCUAGAUGUACAGAAGUCAGGAAGUGGGUGCCAAGCGGCGAUGUCUUUGUUGUACUGUGAAACGUUCUUUGGCGCCAGUUACACUUACUUAUACUUUUACCGAUAUAUACAAGUUUUUUGUCUCACUUUCUUUUAUACCAAACAGAUUGUCAUGUAUUCGAAUAAAAACGUGUGUCUAAUUGUUUUUCUAUA